AUAGAUACAUCACCGUGCAUGCAGUCAGUUUUGAACUGUUUAGUUGUCCCCACCCCCUCACUUCCCUCCUGUUAAUCCACUAGCAUCAGCAGCAGACACCGAGGCUAACAAAGCCCUACUUUGACUUCAGUUCAACAAUCUUCUAACCAAUCACUACCGAUGGCAGCAAUUAGGAAAAAGCUGGUUAUAGUGGGAGAUGGAGCCUGUGGGAAGACCUGCCUGCUCAUUGUAUUCAGCAAGGACCAGUUUCCUGAAGUCUAUGUGCCCACUGUGUUUGAGAACUACGUCGCUGACAUUGAAGUUGACGGAAAACAGGUUGAAUUAGCGCUCUGGGACACAGCAGGUCAAGAGGACUAUGACCGACUCCGCCCACUCUCUUAUCCAGACACUGAUGUCAUACUCAUGUGCUUCUCCAUCGACAGCCCAGACAGUCUUGAGAACAUCCCUGAGAAGUGGACCCCUGAGGUGAAACACUUCUGCCCCAACGUUCCCAUCAUCCUGGUGGGAAAUAAAAAGGAUUUGCGUAACGAUGAUCACACUCGGAGGGAGCUAGCUAAAAUGAAGCAGGAACCCGUGAAACCAGAAGAUGGCCGGGAUAUGGCCAACAGGAUCGGUGCCUUCGGAUACAUGGAGUGCUCUGCAAAAACAAAGGAUGGCGUGAGGGAAGUGUUCGAGAUGGCCACCAGGGCUGCACUACAGGCCAGGCGGGGAAAGAAGAGCAAUAAAUGCGUCCUACUGUAAACUGGGGCAUGAGGACUGCUUCCUGCAGGGGGUAGAAGGAGAAUUAGGUCAACCCUACCCCCAGAUAAACACACACAAAGACUGCUCUCCCCUGUUUUUACUAAAGGUGUAAUGCUUCUACUGUUUUGUCUUAAGCAAAAGUAGUCAGGUCAUCAGUAUUCAACUUUAAGGUUAUGGAAAAUACCUUUUUGUACUUUUAACAUGAGUAAAAUUUGCCAUAAUGAAAGCUCCUUAAACAUGUUGUAUGUAAUUGUAAAGGUCACCCCAGGGUGCUGUUGUGUCAUACUUGCCAACUACAGUUAAGUGCUUAAGCCCUGCCUGCUGAUCUGAGGAAUGUGUCCACAGCCAACUAGGGUGAAGAACCUGCACACUGUGACCUGUAGUCCUUUAACUAUUCCAACAAACUGAGGCACGCAGCGAGUCUAAACCCGGCAGCGUGCCUCCUAAUAUUAAAAACAAUCCUCAAUGCACACUAUUAUACUGGAAGCUGGUUUUGCUAAAAACACAAGUGUUUUGUGUAAUAAAUUACUUUGUAAGAAUCUUGA